GAAGAUUUCAGGAAGUCACUAUUGAGAAACUCUUGGAAACUGUUAGAAAUCACGGUGUUAAAAAGAUAUGGAGAACAGCUGUCUGUUGCUGGGCUUAAUGCUGGUUGCCAGUGUGACACCAGUGUCUGCUGCAGCACAGCCUGGCAUCAUAGAGAGCCUCCUACUGGCAACCCAUCAGCGUCCUUGGCUCUGGGGUGUCUACGUCUUCACUGUAGGACUUCCUGCCAUUCUUUUCAUUAGCUUCAUGUGGCCUGACAAGAGAUUUGGGCCUCCUGAUGAACAAUAUUACUAUAAGAAGUCUGAUGAUGAUCAACCAGAUGAUCCUGAGUCCUCAAAACUGACAGAGUCAAAGGAUAUUCAUGGAAAGCCUGGCAGAGCAGCGCCAAGAAGGAGAGACACUCAUGGGAAACAGAGGAAGUCUGACUUAGAUCUGAAGGAUCACUAAUGCGUGCAACAAUCUCAGGAGAGAAAAACACACCACCACAAGAGGAUGCUGCAUAAUUACAUCUUUCACCAAUCAUCCAAUCAUAUUGGUGACUGGAUAUUAUUUAAUACAAACAAACAGACUAAUAUAAAAUAUGAUCGUAGUCAGAUUUUAAUCAUUUAUAAUGCCAAAAUGGAGUACUACAUUUGGAGUUGGAAUAAAGCCACAGCCACUCACAGGGUAGAACAUCAGAGACUAAAUAAUACACCCUGUUUUCUUGUGAUUUCAGCUCAGUCAGCUGGUUUGAGUAUAAAACUGGUGCCACCACCUGCUAGCUGCUAAUGCCAGGUGGAAACACUCAGUGCAGUUAUCUACUGCCAAUAAAACAUUAAUUAUGCUUGUUUUUUUCAUAACCAGUUUUAGGAUA